AUGGCCCCGGACCCGAAGCUCAACCUCGACCAGCGCGUGCCCUGGAGCGAGCCCGCCUGGUACCGCACUGGCAAGUCUCCGUAUCUGAACAAGAGCCAUCGGCAGCUGCGCGACAACAUCCGGAAAUACGUCGACGAAAAAGUCCUGCCCCAUGCAUUGAGCUGGGAGGAGCAAGGCGAAGUGCCGCGGGAGGCAGCGCUCGACUACUGCCGGUCCGGAAUCCCAUUCGACGAUGUGCCGGACAAGUACCGGCCCAGGGACAUCCCCAGGCUAGCCGGUAUCCCCAACGACCAGACGGACGCGUUCCACCUCCUCAUCGCGUCCGAUGAGCUGGCUAGGGUGGAAGGCGGCGUGAUGGUCGCCCUGGGCGGCGCGACGCCGAUCGGCAUCCCACCUGUUCUCCACCACGGGAGCGAGGAGCAAAAGAGUCGCUGGCUCCCGGGUCUGUUCUCCAACGAGACAAAUUUCUGCCUUGGGGUCACCGAGCCGGGUGGAGGAUCUGACGUAGCGAGUCUCCAGACCACAGCGGUGAAGUCUCCCGACGGCAGGCACUACAUCGUCAACGGCGUAAAGAAAUGGAUCACCGGCGCCCCGUGGGCCACGCAUAUGACCACCGCGGUCCGGACAGGCGGGCCCGGAGCCGGCGGCAUCUCCGUCCUUGUCAUACCCCUACAGAGCGAGGGCGUGACAAUCACCAAGAUCCACAACAGCGGCCAGAACGCGGGGGGCGCCAGCUUCGUCGACCUGGAGAACGUCCGGGUCCCCGCCGGCAACCUCAUCGGGCGCGAGAACCGCGGGUUCUCCAUCAUCAUGAAGAACUUCAACCGCGAGCGGUAUCUCCUCGCUGUGCAGUGCAACCGCAAGAGCCGCACGUGCCUGGCCCUGGCAUUCCAGUACGCCACGGAGCGCAAGACGUUUGGGAAAGUGCUCCUCGAGAACCAGGUCAUCCGGCGGAAGCUCUCGGAGGUGGCGCACCGCGUCGAGGCUCACUGGGCCUGGCUCGAACAGGUCGCGUACCAGGUCCAGCAGUCACCCCAGGGGUGGCAAGAUGCAGCGAUUGCCAGCGAGAUUGCGCUCUUGAAGGUGCAGGGCGGCCAGAUGGUGGAGCUAGCAGCGCGUGAGGCGCAACAGAUCUUUGGAGGUGCCGGAUAUCAGAAGGGGGGACGCGGUGCGACCGUGGAGCAAAUCACGCGUGAUCUUCGCAUGCUGGUUGUUGGAGGAGGAAGUGAAGAGAUCCUGGCGGAUCUGGCACUGAGGCAAGCGACGGCUCUAGCGAAGGUAGACUUAAAGCUGUAA